AUGAUAAGGUUAGAAAAUCUUAGGGAGGUUAGUUCAAAGUGGGAACAUGAGGUAUGCCCAGCCAUUAGGAAAAAACUUGAAUUCAUUAAAAAUCAAAGGGCUGAAUGGUUAGUAAUUCAUGCUGGUGGGAACAAGUUUGAGGUUAGGAACUCUAGGUAUGCAUAUUCUGUUGACAUGGACACGGGAACUUGUGACUGUAGGAUGUGGGAGUUGAGUGGGAUACCAUGUGUACAUGUUGUGCAAGCUAUUUACAAGCAAAACAAAGAACCUGAGGAUUUUGUAGCUAUAUGGUUUAGGAAGUGUCACUAUAAGUAUGCAUAUGAGUCUUACUUGAAUCCAGUUGGGGGUAUGGACACAUGGAGGACAUUCCUUGAGUUGAAUGUACCACUACCACCUAAACCUAGAACCAAAAAAGGAAAGACAAAGAGCAGCACAUGA